UAGGGCCUCUGCCGCAGGCUUUUGGUUUGGAGGCUCUCCUUUGCCACUCCACCCCUCUCCACUCUUCUCCUCUUCUGAUAUCAAGCAUCUUCUCAAAUUACAGGUGUCGUUUUUAAUUUAUUUAAAAUUUUAUUCUUUCUACAAAACAGCAACCAGAGACACAGGUUCAUUUUCAGUUCACCUACUCGGAGAAAACCUACUUUAUCUUAUUUAAAUUAGGGUCCUCCAAGCGAUCUUAACAUCUCCUAAAUCCCAAGCACCCUGUUUUUUUCCUGAUACUUUUUCCGUUUACCUUAAGGUCUGUGUCAACCUGACAGUAAGCUGCACGAUGGCAGGGGUCUUGCCUACUAGGUUCCCUGUGCACUCCGUACCUGUGCACAGCAGCCCGUCAACAGUAGUUGAAUAAACAUCAUAGGUCACAAUAACCCUGGGACUGCCUCCUGGGGAGGUAGCCGCAAACUCUCGCAGGUGGCAGUGACAGGAGUACUUCUCCAGGGGGUUGUUCGAGUGGAGGAAUACUCUUACGUGAAAGUGCUCAGUACACCACUGCGGCAGGAAGGAGGAAGGGAAGAAUUCCAGAUGGGGAGAAAGUAAUAUUUUGCAGCACAGUACAGGGUAAACUGGGUCCAGGUGGGCGUAGCCGCCGCUACACCUUCACGUGACCGCGGACUGCUUAAGGACCCCGCAGCCAGUGCGCCUGCGCUGGAGCUCCCGGAAGUUGCCGGACCCGGAACGCAGGCGGAGCGCAAGUCCGUCAGCCAGUCAGUCCGCCAGUCCGCCAGCCCGGUACCUCUCUCUCCUCGGCCCUGGUAAGCUGUCCGCGGUCUGUUUGGCCCGAACGGCGGCGGAGGCGCUGAUCAUGGCGACAUUCAUCUCGGUGCAGCUGAAAAAGACCUCAGAGGUGGACCUGGCCAAGCCGCUGGUGAAGUUCAUCCAGCAGACUUACCCGAGCGGCGGGGAAGAGCAGGCCCAGUACUGCCGCGCGGCGGAGGAGCUCAGCAAGCUGCGCCGCGCCGCAGUCGGUCGCCCGCUGGACAAGCACGAGGGCGCGCUCGAGACGCUCCUGAGAUAUUAUGAUCAGAUUUGUUCUAUUGAACCCAAAUUCCCAUUUUCUGAAAAUCAGAUCUGCUUGACAUUUACCUGGAAGGAUGCUUUCGAUAAAGGUUCACUUUUUGGAGGCUCUGUAAAACUGGCUCUUGCAAGCUUAGGAUAUGAAAAGAGCUGUGUGUUGUUCAAUUGUGCAGCCUUAGCUAGCCAAAUUGCAGCAGAACAGAACCUGGAUAAUGAUGAAGGAUUGAAAAUCGCUGCUAAGCAUUACCAGUUUGCUAGUGGUGCCUUUUUACAUAUUAAAGAGACGGUUUUAUCUGCCUUAAGUCGAGAGCCGACCGUGGACAUAUCUCCAGAUACUGUUGGGACCCUCAGUCUUAUUAUGCUGGCACAGGCUCAAGAAGUAUUUUUUUUAAAAGCCACAAGAGAUAAAAUGAAAGAUGCCAUCAUAGCUAAAUUGGCUAAUCAGGCUGCAGAUUAUUUUGGUGAUGCUUUCAAACAGUGUCAAUACAAAGAUACUCUCCCCAAGUAUUUUUAUUUCCAGGAGGUGUUCCCUGUCUUGGCUGCAAAGCACUGUAUCAUGCAGGCCAAUGCUGAGUACCAUCAGUCUAUCCUGGCAAAACAGCAGAAGAAAUUUGGAGAAGAAAUUGCAAGGUUACAGCAUGCAGCAGAACUGAUUAAAACAGUGGCAUCUCGCUAUGAUGAAUAUGUUAAUGUGAAGGAUUUUUCUGACAAAAUCAAUCGUGCCCUUACUGCAGCAAAGAAGGAUAAUGACUUCAUUUAUCAUGAUCGAGUUCCAGACCUUAAAGAUCUAGAUCCUAUUGGCAAAGCCACACUUGUGAAAUCUACCCCAGUCAAUGUACCCAUCAGUCAGAAAUUUACUGAUCUGUUUGAGAAGAUGGUUCCUGUGUCAGUACAGCAGUCUUUGGCUGCCUAUAAUCAGAGGAAAGCCGAUUUGGUUAACAGAUCAAUUGCUCAGAUGAGAGAAGCCACCACUUUGGCAAAUGGGGUGCUAGCUUCCCUUAAUCUUCCAGCAGCAAUUGAAGAUGUGUCUGGAGACACUGUACCUCAGUCUAUAUUGACUAAAUCCAGAUCUGUGAUUGAACAGGGAGGCAUCCAGACUGUUGAUCAGUUGAUUAAAGAACUGCCUGAAUUACUGCAACGAAAUAGAGAAAUCCUAGAUGAGUCAUUAAGGUUGUUGGAUGAAGAAGAAGCAACCGAUAAUGAUUUAAGAGCAAAAUUUAAGGAACGUUGGCAAAGGACACCAUCCAAUGAACUGUAUAAGCCUUUAAGAGCAGAGGGAACCAACUUCAGAACAGUUUUAGAUAAAGCUGUGCAGGCAGAUGGACAAGUGAAAGAAUGUUACCAGUCUCAUCGUGACACCAUCGUGCUUUUGUGUAAGCCAGAGCCUGAGCUGAAUGCUGCCAUCCCUUCUGCUAAUCCAGCAAAGACCAUGCAGGGCAGUGAGGUUGUAAAUGUCUUAAAAUCCUUAUUGUCAAAUCUUGAUGAAGUAAAGAAGGAAAGAGAGGGUCUGGAGAAUGACUUGAAAUCUGUGAAUUUUGACAUGACAAGCAAGUUUUUGACAGCCCUGGCUCAAGAUGGUGUGAUAAAUGAAGAAGCUCUUUCUGUUACUGAACUCGAUCGAGUCUAUGGAGGUCUUACAACUAAAGUCCAAGAAUCUCUAAAGAAACAGGAGGGACUUCUUAAAAAUAUUCAGGUCUCACAUCAGGAAUUUUCGAAAAUGAAACAAUCUAAUAAUGAAGCUAACUUAAGAGAAGAAGUUUUGAAGAAUUUAGCUACUGCAUAUGACAACUUUGUUGAACUUGUAGCUAAUUUGAAGGAAGGCACAAAGUUUUACAAUGAGUUGACUGAAAUCCUGGUCAGGUUCCAGAACAAAUGCAGUGAUAUAGUUUUUGCACGGAAGACAGAAAGAGAUGAACUCUUAAAGGACUUGCAACAAAGCAUUGCCAGAGAACCUAGUGCUCCUUCAAUUCCUACACCUGCAUAUCAGUCCUCACCAGCAGGAGGACAUGCACCAACUCCUCCAACUCCAGCGCCAAGAACCAUGCCGCCUACUAAGCCCCAGCCCCCAGCCAGGCCUCCACCACCUGUGCUUCCAGCAAAUCGAGCUCCUUCUGCUACUGCUCCAUCUCCAGUGGGGGCUGGGACUGCUGCACCAGCUCCAUCACAAACGCCUGGCUCAGCUCCUCCUCCACAGGCCCAGGGACCACCCUAUCCCACCUAUCCAGGAUAUCCUGGGUAUUGCCAAAUGCCCAUGCCCAUGGGCUAUAAUCCUUAUGCGUAUGGCCAGUAUAAUAUGCCAUAUCCACCAGUGUAUCACCAGAGUCCUGGACAGGCUCCAUACCCGGGACCCCAGCAGCCUUCAUACCCCUUCCCUCAGCCCCCACAGCAGUCUUACUAUCCACAGCAGUAAUAUGUCUGCUCAGCAGCUCAGCUGAUUCAGAUCAGAGGGAAAGAAAUACCAACCCUGCAAUAAGUGUACUAAACUCUACGCUCUGGUUAAUGUAAUGUACUCUCCUGGACUGAAUGCAGUGUAUAAUUUCUGUCUACAGCUAGAAGCUGUGCCCCAUUUCCACAUUUGAUUACACAUGUGAGAUUUGCUGCUGUUGCAGUAUAAACACUAGGGAUAAUAGGAUUUGAAAUUGCAUUACAGUUCAUAAAAAUUGAAAAUGAGAAAUUAAACCUGCAAGUGAAACAUUUGAAACGAUUAUACUUUCUACAUAAGACAUGGUUGGGACAUCAGAUACUUAGAAAGAUGGUUUAAGUAUGGAUACUAGAGAAAAUUAAGUUUUCUUUCUCUUUGGUUUAUUGAUUUGGUUUAAUUUCCAUUAUGCUAUUUUGCAUAAUCAAGGCACUGUAAAUCUUAUAAUUUUAAAAUAAAUUACUUAAGAACA